UGGCUCCUGGCCUCAGCCCGCCGCCGCCGCGGGUUGAGGUUAAGUACCGGGGACCUGGCCUGCGAGGCUUGCGAGGUCAAAGGCAGGGCACGGGCCAGACCUCCAUUUCCAACCAGGUGCAGGUGCGCAACUGGGAACCCAGCCAGCAGGUCCCAGCAAGUGGCCCCCCCCAGUCUCGGUCCCCGUCCUGCGCCGGCUCGAGAUCCAACCAAGGUCCUUUCUUCAGUCCCCAAGUCUUGAUUCUCCAAGCCUCCAGGGCACAGCGCAAGGCCGGCAGCAAAGCAGGCAAGCAAGCUACAGUACGGCCAGUGUGCGGGUUGGUGAGCGUGCCUGCUGUAGUAGUACUGUGUGGUAGUGGCAGUUUGUGUGUCCAUGUAAAAUUGUACGUGUGCGAGCCUGUGUGAGAUUGUGUAGGUGGUCCUAUGCGCCCAGCGGGCGGUUGGUGGUUUGAGCGGUGCCGUGUUGCGUCGCUCUUUUCCUUCUCGAGGAGUUUUUUUACGUUACCUUGCGAUUUUUUCUCGGGACUUUAUCUACCCAGAGCAUCCACCGCUCCGCUCCCACUCGGCUGCCGCCAGACCUGACACUCUCCUCAAUUCUUCCAUUUCGGCGUGCGCCCUCUUUUCCUUUGCCGCUGCGUCUCUUUUUUCUCUCCCUCCUCCUUUCCUUCAGGGCGCUGAAGAAAACCCCCCACGACAACCCCCCCCCCAACCUCCGUCCGCCCAUCCAUCCCGACCCCCCCCUUCGAGGCACGAGUCGUUGAGCCGACCGAUCAAACAAAUCACGGUCAAGUCAGUGCCGGUGCCAGUGUUCGUGUGUCAGCAUCAGCACUCAGCACUCACCGUCCGCACACGUCGUGUCUCGCCUUUCUCGCCUCUAUCGACUGGUCUGGUCCUGCCGAGUCCCGGGUCCCUGGGUUUCGUCUUGCUGCAGCUGCUCGCGUUCCCGCAACAACAACGACCGUCUGCUCUCUGCCGCUCCACCCUACGUUGCGCUCACUCGAGCUAGACCCUGUCAUUUGUCGACAAUAUUUCCGUGCUACCGACAAGCAAACUGUUGGACACUUGUCGUCCCGUGUGUGUACCAGGCAGUAAUAAGCAGAAAGCGGUUGGAACGCGCGUGGCUCUUGAUUUCGUACACCAACGACGAGCCUACUUGAUACCCCUGAGGAUUUUGUUUCCUUUCGCCUUUUAGGAGAGGUUACCAUCGCGUUCCGUCAUGUCAUACUACGGCGACGCGCAAUGGCCCGCCGGCGGUCAGCCUGGCUGGGAUCACCAAACCCCACCCACCCGCUCCGGUACGCCUCCCAUUCCGUCUCGGCGCUCGACAGUGACAAUGAAAUAACAUUUUUCUUCUUCUUCUUUUGGUUAGGCGCGAGCUCCACGAUACCUCGCGAGGAAACCUCGGCAUUCUGGUACCAAUUUGAGGAGGUUGAGCGCUCCAUCGAGAAUCUGGUCAAGAGCGGUAAAAUGUUCGGCAUUCCUGGUGGCAGACGUGAGUUCAAACCGCCCUUUUCUCCCGGCCCUGCCAGAAACCGGCCCAAGUUUGACCCCCGCGGUGCUGGCGGGCCCCAACGCCCGCAGUCGGUCGAAUUUGAUGGCCGGCCUGGGCCCCCUUCGUCGAAUCUCCAGAACUUCUAUGCCUCCCAGCGACACCAAUCCUCGCGCGGCUCCAACGAGGCGGAGCAGAUGAUGCAGGCCAAGAGGAGGAUGGCGGCUCAGCGGGAGCGCGAGCUUCGCAACUAUCAUCAGGAGCAGCAAUACAACCGAACUGCCGUCACCGACAUUCAACCAGGACCCAGCUCCGCCAACGCGCCCAAGUCUGCCGAUCGGACGCUGAGCCCCAGCGGUAUGUCCGAGGAGGCCCGUCGUGAGCUGAUCUCUCGCCAGCGGAGCGCACUAUACGGCGAAAGCCCCUUCGGACAGACAGGAGGGUACAUUGAUGAGACAGGCACGCCUCGCCAGGGAUUGCCCGUUCACCAUGCUGGACCUCCGGGCAUACGCGGCCCGUCUCCUCUGACAUACGAUGCCGGCCCGCAGCCGCCCAAUGAGCCCGUCUCGGCUGGUCCGCAGCAGCGAGAGCGCAACAGCAGCAACGCCAGCCCGGCGUCCAACCCCGCUGGCAACAAGGGCUCGCUCGAACAGCAGAUCAGCCGGACCAGCAACUCUUCGCCUGGUGGUGAAAAUGGCAGGACCGUCAGCGGGAAGCCUGUGGCUCCUAUCGGAACGCGGCCCUCGGGACAGCCUACUUCUCAGGGACAACCGAACCCGGCCCUGCAGAGGCAAUCGACUACCCCCCUGCCGUCUCCACUAAACCAGGGCUACAACGUUUCCGGGGCUGGCGAGUCAGGUGGCGUCAAUACCGCAGCUGGGUCGACUAACCCCACAUCCGCAGGGUCUGACGCUCCUGUCGGGCUGGGCAGCUGGCCUCAGCGAGGCCAGCCUUGGGGCCCCAAGACUCAGACCAGCGUGUGGGGCUGA